UGUCGUCAUCAAAGGUUGGUUUUCUCUCGACGAAGAAGCAUCACGACACCCCCAUCCAUGGCGUCUUCCAACGGUGCAAGGUCCACCGCAGAAAGCAUUCACAACACUAGCUAGCGCUACUAGUCUAGUACCCGGCAUAGUCAGCAUUAGAUCAUCUGAUAGCUACCUGGCUCUGGCACCCAUAACUCGAGAAACGGUAUCUUAAUUCUGCAUUUUUGUUUCGUUUGAUCAGGGCCAAAGUCAAGAUGGGCGAACCCGUCCAAGACGAAGAUCUUUGGUCGACCGUUGUCCCGCACACUUCUCGUGCAGAUCGCGGCGACAUUCGUCGUGCAUGUGAUCCGUCGGUGCAUCCUCAGUUGGGAGUGAGUGGUUGUCGAACGCUCUAUGAAGGAUUUCGCCUUGGCCAGGCCGUCAAUCCAAUGGGUCCCUGCAUGGGAUUCCGCGCGGUUAGUACAAGCGGCUUUGCCACGCCCUUUAUCUAUUCGAGCUACACGGAGUGUUUGGCGAGAAUCAAUGCCUUUGGAGCUGGAUUGGAGCGCUUGAACUUGGUGCAAAAGAACGAAGAUGGGAUCAUGGUGAUUGCCAUGUACAUGAAGAACUGCAUGGAAUUUGUGAUUGCUGAACAAGGUAUUUAUUGCAUUGGCGGUUGCACUGCUGCUCUCUAUGAUACCUUUGGACCAGCUGCUGCCCAAUUCAUUCUUGGUGAGACUGGAGCCAAGUCGGUGGUGACUACCCGAGCACAACUGCCUCGCCUUUGCGAAGCCAAGAAAUCGGGAGAGUGCCCCAUCUUUCAGUAUGCGAUUGUCGUUGACGGCGUAACACCAGCAUCUGCGCAGAUGGCCUCGGAGGCUUCCCUGGAAGUCAUCUCUUUUGCCAAAGUGGAAGCUGUAGGGGCGCAGCGCAUUGCCACAGAAGGUACCCACAAACACAAUCCACCGUCACCCAACGAUAUUGCCACAUUUUGCUACACUUCAGGGACUACUGGAAACCCCAAGGGAGCCAUGCUCACUCAUCAGAGCCUAAUUUCGGCCAUGGCGGGUAUUCCUUCCGGGAUGAUUCCCGAAAUCACGGAUCGACACUUGAGCUACAUGCCGCUGGCUCACAUUUUCGAAAGGAUUGUCAUGAACAACAUGUUCCUCUAUGGAGCCAGUGUCGGAUUUUGGCGCGGUGAUCCUCUCUUGUUGAUUGAAGAUCUGCAGGCCUGUCGGCCUACACAGAUGGCGGCUGCACCACGCGUCUUGAACAAAGUCUAUGACAAGGUCGUCGCCGGAAUGGCGGCUGCGGGUGGCAUGAAAAAGAAAAUCUUUGACGCUGGCAUUGCGACCAAGUCUGCAAACAUCAAAAUGCAUGGCCAAUUGACUCAUCCUCUGUACGACCGACUUAUCUUCAACAAGAUCAAAAAAGCCUUGGGAAUGGAUCAAAUCCGCAUCCUGAUUAGUGGCUCGGCACCAUUGGCGGAGAACGUCAUGAUGUUCUUCCGAUGCCUGCUAGGAUGCCCCGUGUUGGAGGGAUACGGUCAAACGGAGGGUUGCGCCGCAGCCACGAUAGUGCAUGUGGAAGAUAUGACUACAGUGGGACACGUGGGAGGCCCUGUGGCCAGCAUUGAGAUCGUCUUGAUGGACGUGCCCGAGAUGGGAUACCUACAUACCGACAAAAUGCACCGUGGAGAACCCUGUCGAGGUCGCGGCGAGGUUUGCAUCCGAGGACCCAGUGUUUUCAAGGGAUAUUACAAGGAUGAAACCAAAACUAAGGAGACAAUCGACGAAGAGGGGUGGCUCCACAGCGGAGACAUUGGUUUGUGGACUCCGCAAGGCGCGCUCAAAAUCGUCGACCGAAAGAAGAAUCUGUUCAAGCUUUCGCAAGGAGAGUACAUUGCUCCCGAGAAGAUUGAGAAUAUCUUGAUUAUGUCUCCGUUGAUUGGACAGUGCUUUGUUUAUGGCGACUCCUUGCAAAACUCCUUGGUUGCCAUUGUUGUCCCAGAUGAAGAACCUGUUCGUACCUGGGCUAAUAAUCAGCAAAACGACAAUCGGCUGGCUCAACUACCCUUUGAGGAGCUUUGCAAAUCAGAGACCUUGAAGGCUGCCAUGGUGGCCGAAAUCAAGAGUCUCUCCAAAAAAGGAAAUCUCAACAGCCUGGAGGUCGUCAAAGCAAUCCACUUGGAAGCUGAGCUCUUCUCCGUUGAGAACGGGCUUUUGACACCUACGUUCAAGAUGAAAAGAAAGCAAAUGAAGGACAAGUACGAACGGGAGAUUGAGCAGAUGUACGCAUCCUUGCCUCCGCCAAAGAGCAAGCUUUAAUUUAGUAGCUUUGUUUCAUAGCUAGAAAAGUCUUUGGAUAGU